CUUAUGCAAAUGAGCUCGCGGUGGCGGUCCCAUCGUGCGGUGUUGAGAGUUGUAAACUCACAUUCAAGUGGAUGUUACCUUCAUCUGUGAUGUCGCAGUUCGGAUUAUCCACCGAUGUGACAGGGUGAAAGGAUGGAUAGUGUUUUAGAACAGCUGUGAAGGAUUACCUGUGGACAAGUGUCAGUGCCUCCUCCUUCAGGAGGGGAACCAAGGAGAAGGAGGAUAUAUAUGUGUGUUGUGUUGUGUGAUCCAGGGAGUGUACUAGCAGAGCACCAGGGAAUGGGGUCCACAGAACACCGCCUCUAGACUAGCUGGACUCAUAGCGAUGAGUGGCCAGCUCUGUGUGGGGGUCUGCUGGCCAGUGCUGGUGGUAGGACUCCUCAGCCUGGCGACAUUUGUCAAUGGUGGAUGUUUGCACAUGGAUGCUGUGUAUUUGAACAACACUGUGUGGCAGCCCGACUCCUGCACGGUGUGUACUUGCCAGGACCCUGUGGCUGUGUGUGAGGGAAUCAAGUGUAUGGAUCCCAAGUGUGAUAGCCGCAGGGGUGAACAGCUUCAGUUUCCAGCAGGUGCUUGUUGUCCUGUGUGUGUGGGACGGAUGGCACCAUGUCAGAUGAAUGGACAGUCAGUACCGCACAACACUGACUGGUCCCAGUCCCAGUGUGAGACCUGCUACUGCAGCGAUGGCGAUGUCACCUGCACCAACAAGACAUGCCCUCCAACACGAUGUCGGCCUGGGGAGGUCAGCCAGAAACUGCCAGGACAGUGCUGCCCCAAGUGUAUACCCGCUGGACGAUCAUGUGUUGGAUCGACUGGCACUCACUACCCUGACGGUUCAGAGUGGUCUCCCCUUGCUUGCACCAAGUGUGCGUGUAAGGACGGACAGACAACAUGCUACCCUCGACAGUGUCCUCCUCUAGUCUGCCCUCAGGGCCAAACCCUUGCCAAAUCAGCUGAUGGCUGCUGUCAGCAGUGUAAAAGUGAACAAUGUGAAGAUCGAGGGACGUCAUAUAAGCAUGGUGAACAAUGGAGUCGAGACACGUGCACAUACUGUACAUGCGUCAGUGGCAGUGUGGAAUGUCGAACACAGCAGUGCGACACCUCCAUGAUUUGUCACAGAAAUCAAAGAAAGAUCAUACGUCCUGGUCAAUGUUGUCAUGAAUGUGUUCCUAAAAAAGGCAAAUGUUUGACCGAGGUAGAGCAUUACCAUGGAGAUAUUUGGAACAUCAGUGACUGUGAAUACUGUUCCUGUAAUGAAGGGAAAGUGCAAUGUCGAACUGCAGCGUGUGAACGUCUACAGUGUAAAGAGAAUGAAGUAUUACAGCAGUCCCCUGGGAAGUGCUGCCCAGACUGUGUCACCCAUCGACAGUGCCAGUUUGAGGGGGAUGUGUAUCUGGAUGGGGACAGCUGGCACCCAGGACCCUGCACUGUGUGUAACUGUGAGGAAGGGGAGACAGUAUGCUACCAACAGAACUGCCCAGCCUGCCCUCCUGGCAACUAUAUGUCCGUCCCUCCAGGACAGUGCUGUGGAACGUGUGAGCAAGUGGAAUGUGCGUCCGACUGUAGUCAUUGUUUGCCUGAUGAUCCACAACACUGCACACGGUGCAAGGAGUUUGGUAAACUGGCACAAGAUGGCCGCUGUGUUGAACAGUGCAAGACUGGAUUCUACCCAACAAGGGAGAACACCUGUCAAGCAUGCCACGCCAGCUGUGAGUCGUGUAUUGCUCGGACAGAGUUCCACUGUGCCACAUGCCCCCCUGGCCUGCUGUGGAGGGACGGUCAGUGUGUGGACCAGUGCACAUCGGGAUACUACCUCCAUAAUGGACAGUGCCUUGGGUGCCACCAAACCUGUGAUACGUGUGUCGGAUCGGGCCGAAGCCAGUGUGUUUCUUGUUCAUACACGGGACACGUGCUGUUACGAGGCCGAUGUGUCGACAACUGCGGUUCAAGAUACUACCUCAAGGAUAAGGAAUGUAUAGCGUGUCCACCAUACUGUAGAACUUGUCUGCCAGACAGCCCCAACUGUGCCACAUGUCACAGUGGCUACACGCUACAGAAUGGCCAGUGUUUUGAUUCCUGCUCACGAGGGUACUACCAACAUCAGGGCACCUGCACAGAAUGCCACCCUGGAUGUCUGACCUGUGAAGGAAGUGGAGAGAGUCGGUGCUUGACUUGUCCCCAGGGCUACCAGCUGCAGGGCGGGGCCUGUGUAUCCCCCUGCCCCACACAGCAAUAUAUGGAUACAGCUGGUAGUUGUCAAGCAUGCGAGUCUGGAUGCUCCUUGUGUUAUCCUGCCCGUGAGAAUGCAGGCUCAGUGUGCACCAGUUGUGAGGAUAGUAGACUCAAACCUGCAGGAAUGGGAUGUGUCCCACAAUGCCCUGCUGGAACAUACCUCAUUCGUGAUCUGUGUAAAACCUGCAAUGAGCACUGUGAGAGAUGUGAGGGACCGUCUACCUGUUCAGCCUGUAGAGCCCCCUAUGUCCUGUAUGAAUCCCAGUGUGUGGCUCACUGUGGACAAAACAGCUUCACCAACUACAAGAAUGUCUGCAAAGCCUGCAAGCGCCAUUGCCUGCAGUGUUCCAGUGAGGACCAGUGUGUGGUGUGUGACAGCCGCACCUACCUGCGCCUGGGCUCGUGCGUUGGCCAGUGUGGACAGGGAUACAUCACAGACAUGGAGCUCAGGAGAUGCAUAGCUAAUAAAUAUCCUCCUAUUCUGGAUAUUAUGGGCCCCCUUAAGACAUCUGACUCUGGGAUCACGACCAUCCCGUCCGACCUUGUGUUCUUGGAGGACCGUGACACCACGGAUGGCCUCCUAAGCAUCCUGGUGAUGAGGCCACCAUCGGGAGGUGUCCUGGUGAGGGCCACUCAAGGCCGAGAUCAGCUGCUGGGGAUGGAGGACCCCUUCAGUCUGGAUGACCUUCGCACAGGGAAGAUCAGAUAUGUCAGUGGACAGGACGGGAGGACUAGAGACAAAGUUGUACUGAAGGCCACUGAUGGCACCCUGUUCAGUGACCAGGUGAACCUUGAGCUGCAAUCGUUCCCAACCUCUUCCUUGAGUGAAAAGCUGAACAAGGCCCUGCUGGUGGUUGGAGGGGGCAAGACUGUACUCAACAGGGAGGUCCUGGACUACGAGACGUCUGGCGACAUGAACACCAUCACCAUCAGAGUGGUGCAGGGUCCCCUCCAAGGUCGUCUAGUUGAUCGCAGAACAGAGGCUUCUGUCACCCAGUUCUCCCUCCGAGACCUGCGUACAGGGGCGAUCGCCUACGAGCACUCCAGUGACAGUACAGCCGUGUCGGACAUGAUGGUUUUACAGGUGUCUGAUGACUUCAGCAUUCUCAACACCAUCAUCAAUAUCAAUGUCAGGGCAGAGAAUAGCCGCCUGCCAGUACUGAUCAACAACCGGGGAACCCAGGUGGUGUCCAGGGAGAUGGUCCAGCUCUCCAAGGAGAUGCUGCAAGCUCAGGCCAUGGACAUUGAUAACGUCCGGACAGGCGACCUCAUCUAUACACUCAUGCCAUCUGUCAACAACCCCAAACAUGGAGAGCUUGUCAUGGUGGUGCCUAUCCCAGCAAGUGGUGCAGGUCGUGGGUGGCAGGAUGUGGGGGACGGUAUGAUGGCUGCCAAAAUGUACCGGUUCAUGCAGAGAGAUAUUGAUGAAUCUCGCAUCUGGUACAGGCAUCUGAAGGGUGGCACAACCUCGGAUGUCUUCACAUUUGAGGUGGCCGACACAGCAGCGCCCCCCAACAUUUUGAAGGAGCAGAGCUUCCAUGUGACCGUCAUUGCCCAGGCUGUGGUGGAGGAACUGUCUGGCCCCACUCUGGCCCCUGGGGUCCAGCUUGGGAUGACUGUGUUGGAGAACCAGAUUGUGCCCGUGAGAUCGGACAGUCUCCUGUAUGAGGAUGCGGACACCAGUCCCACUGACGUCAUCUACGCCAUCACCACACUGCUGGGGGAGGGGGAGGGUAUGCUGGAACACAUUGACACCCCCUUCAAACCUGUCCUGCGCUUCUCCCAGGAUGAUGUCAACAACAACAGGAUUAUCUACAGGCCUCCUGAUACUGAUGUGGGCCUCACAGUCAAGAAGGUCACAUUCAGCUUUGUUGUCACUGAUGGCGGCAGAGAGAGACGUCUUCCUGAGCAGAAGUUUACGAUAACAAUCAAGCCAGUGAAUAAUGCAGCCCCUCGCUUCCGUGUGCCCAACGCGGAGGUUACAGUUGCCCAGGGUGGGCUGGUUCCUGUGGGUUCCACCCUCGAGAUAUCUGAUGCCGACACCAAGGUGGAGAACCUUGUGGUCGCCAUCACACAGGCCCCGACUCAUGGCCGACUGGAGAGGGACAUCAAUGGGCGCAAGGUGACACUCAGGGCAGGUGAUGGCUUCUCCUACGGGGACGUUCAAGGCAGCCUGAUCCAGUACGUGCAUGACGGCGCUGAGUUCCCCCUCACAGACAAGUUCCUUGUGUCUGUGUCAGAUGGCAAACACAAGGCCAUCUCCACCAUCAAGAUGGAGGUCCUCAAGGUGGACAAGGCAGCCCCGUACAUGCUCACAUCCGCAUCUUGUCACGUCAAUGUGUCCGAAGGUGGCACUGUGACCAUCACACGAGACGAUCUGGCAUUUGGCGACAGUGAUGAGUUUGAUGAAGGAAUCUACAUUAUCCUCAGUAGUGAGACAGCCCAGGGGAGACUACUCCUCAAUAACAUUCCACUCAGGGUUGGAGGAGGAUUCUCCCAAGACGACAUCAACAAUGGACGUUUAACCUAUAAGAGUGUUGAGGAGAUAGGGAGUAGGUCCCUCACAGAACUGGUUUACUUCAACAUCACAGACUCAAGUCGGAACCUGCUGCCAAGUCAAGUACUCUCUGUCCUCAUCACUCCCACAGACAACCAGUCGCCACUGGUUUCUGUUGGGCCAGACCUCAAGGUGCAAGAAGGUGGGCGUGUCCUGCUCACUGUGGAUUCCAUCAAGGUGUUGGAUGUAGACAGCCCUCUCGCCUCCCUCAUGGUCACCAUCGAGUCUCCACCAAGCUUUGGGGACAUCCUCAACACAAAGCCAGUUGAGGGAUCAGAGAGUCACCCCGGGCAUGUGGUGAAGUCCUUCACUGUCCAGGACCUGGUGGAUGGUCAUGUCUACUACAGCCAGAAGGACCACAAGAACAAGGAGCCAGUGUGGGACAACUUCCUCUUCUACGUCAGUGAUGGCGUCAAUGUCUCCCCACAACAGAGGUUCAACAUCUCCAUUACUCUUGUGAAUGAUGAGCAGCCUCACAUCAUCACUGAGCAGCUGUUUGUCCAGGAAGGGAAGGCCGUUACUCUCACCAACGCUUCCAUGUACGUCAUCGACAUCGACACAGCCCCAGAGGAUCUCUUCUUCACCCUGCAGAUUCCCCCAUCACAUGGGGCAUUGAGAGUAAAGGAACUACCAAACGAGCAACCUUUCAAUGCUAUGGCUUUGCCCGAUGGAGCCAUCUUCUCAUACGAGGAUAUCCUAAAUGAGCUGAUUGUCUACACCCAUGACGACACAGAGGCGAUGACAGACAUGUUCACCCUCCAUCUCUCCGAUGGGGACUUCAAUGACACCAAGUCUCUGAACGUCAUCAUUGGCUUGAUCAAUGAUGAGACGCCCAGGAUGACCAUCAACAGAGGCCUCAGGAUACAGUCAGGCUCUACAACCCCCCUAAGGCCCCACAUCCUGAAGGCAACUGAUGUUGACAGUGACGAUGCUGCCAUCAUCUACACCCUACGGCGAGACCCCAGUGCGGGGCACCUGUUGUACAAGAAGGGUGGGACCCAGUAUCGGCUGUCUUCAGGGGGCAGGGCCAGGUCCUUCACCCAAGCGGACAUUGAUAAUGGCUAUAUCCUGUACAGCCAUGAGCUUGGGGAUCCCACGGGGAACAUCAUCUUCAAGUUCAAAUUGUCAGACCCGGAGGGCAAUGAGCUCAUCGACCAAGAUUUCUACAUCACUGUGCUAGAGGACCGGCAGCCCCCAGUGGAGCAGGUGAACAAGGAGCUGACUGUGCAGGAGGGCCGCAGGAAGAAGAUCUCCACAGCCUUCCUCUCCUACACCGACGCCGACUCUGAGCCUGGGAGCCUCAAGUACACCAUCUUUGAGGGGCCCAGUCUGGGGCACUUGGAGCUGACAGGAGAGCGAGGUGUUCCCGUGACCGAGUUCAGCCAGGCUGACCUGGCUGCCCGUAGUGUGGUGUAUGUCCACACCAGCCCCCUGGAGGUCUACAUGGACAAGUUUGCCUUCUCUGUUACUGACGGGGCCAACACUAUGGUGAAGACCUUCUACAUCACCAUCUCCCCUGUGGAUGACGCCCUGCCGAUGGUCACCAACAGGGGACUCUCUGCUCAAGAGGGUGUCAGGAAACUCAUCACAGAGUUUGAUCUCAAGGCUACGGAUGAUGAUACCAAGGAAAGUGAGGUGAUCUUCAAAAUCGUGCAACCCCCUGUUCAUGGCACAGUUGACAUGGCAACACGGGAGGAGAUAUUUGAGUCAACAGACAAGUUCAGCAUGGAGGACAUAUACGAAAACAGGAUCAGCUACAAGCAUGAUGGCAGUGAGACACUGGAAGACAACUUCUCUUUUGUUGUCAGUGACGGCACUAACGACAAGUUUGUCAUGCUGGGAGACCAAGCAGAAAUUACUGAGCCUGUCACUACUCCACAGGACUUUGAGAUCAAUGUGCUGGCCCUUGAUGAUGGCAGUCCCAUCCUGGAGACCAACGUGGGUUUGCAGUUCCUGGAGUUCUCCGGGUCAGAGGUGUCCAACCUUAUCACCAGCAGAGAGUUGAAGUCCACAGAUGAGGACUCCCUUGUGGAGAACAUCGUGUAUGUCAUCAAGAAGUCCCCCAAACAUGGACGCCUUGAGUACACCGCCAAUCCAGGGGGCGCACUGGGAUCCUUCACACAGGAUGACCUUGACACUGGCAGAGUUAGGUACGUCUUGACUGACCAGACUACUGGGUAUCAGGACAGCUUCACCUUUGACCUGAUGGAUGCCAAGCCCAAUGUGGUCCCUGGCAACGUGUUCCACAUCAUGUGGUCAGUGAUCAGCUUCCAGCAUCCCCUGAUGAACGUGUCGGAGACGGAGGGACUGAUUCAGGUCCCAGUCACACGAGCUGGCAAUCUCAAGCAGUACUCCAUUGUGACCUGCAAGACCAUACCUGGCUCUUCCACAUCUCUGAUGAUUGGGGCUAAGCCAGGAGAGAAGGAUUUCAUUGAACACUCAGGACAGGUUCAGUUUGAUGAGUGGCAAGAUUCCAAAACAUGCACCAUCAUUAUCAACGAUGACUCCAUCUUUGAAGGCCCUGAAACCUUCUACAUAGAGCUUGUCAGUCCCUCCUAUGCCCUACUUGGAAACAUUGCCAAGAUGGCUGUCACACUGGUUGAUGCAGAGGAUGAACCAACCAUCCAGUUUGAGAAGGGCCUUUACCAUGUGAAUGAAUCUGAUGUCUAUGUGAUGGCCAAGUUGACAAGAACAGGUGACCUGAGUACGACGGUGUCCGUGAUCUGCUACACCACGGCCCUCACAGCCACGGGCAGUUCCCUCACCGGCCUGGAGUCAGGCUCCGACUACAUCUCCCGCGGACGCAGCAACUCCUACAGAGUUGUCUUCCCCUCCGGCGUGUCAGAGGCCACCUGUGAUGUCAAGAUCAUUGAUGACAGUGAGAGCGAGACAUCGGAGCAGUUCGAACUUGGCUUGAUGGAUCCUUCCAUCCCAGCAUCCCUGGGCUCACUCACCAAGGCCAAUGUCCUCAUAGAGGGACCCAAUGACCAGUCCACAGUGUUCCUGUCCGAACCAUCCUACAGUUUUGCAGAGAACGCUGGUAAUGUUGAGGUGGAGGUUGUGCGAGGUGGGACAGACCUGAGUCAUUCGACCACAGUGUGGUGUGCAACACGACUCUCCAGCCCUGCUUCAGCCACACCUGGACAGGACUAUGUACCUACCUCCAGUCAGAUGACAUUCGGCCCGGGGCAGAUCUCACAGAAGUGCCAGUUGACUGUGCUGGAUGAUGACUUCGACCCUCGCCUUGAGGGUAACGAGACAUUUGUAGUGUUCCUCAGCUCCGCUCUUGGCAGCAGUCUCGCAGAACCCUACAUCUCUACCGUCAUUGUCAGCGACACAAAGCUGGACAUUCCAAGGAUGACAUUUGUCCAAGAUCGCUACUAUGUAGAUGAGAAAAACAAGACUGUGAACGUAACCAUCAUGAGAUACGGGGACCUGACGGACACGUCCUCUGUGAUAUGCUACACGCGACAGAAGACAGCCGAGGUGAUGAUGGACUAUCAUGAGAGAGUCCUCACCAAUGCUUCCAGGAUAACCUUCCAGCCAGGAGAGAGGCUGAAGAACUGCACUGUGGGUAUAGUGAAUGAUGAUGAGUUUGAGCCGGAGGAGGACUUCCUGCUGCGACUGAGUGGUGCCUGGGGAAGUGGGGAGAGCGAGGCUGAGCUGGGGGACAUGAAGGAGACCAUUAUCACCAUCACCAACCACGAUGAUGUGCCAACAAUCCAGUUUGCACAGGCAGCCUACAGCACCCAUGAGCCGAGUGCCACUGAACAGAUCACGUCUGUGGAGGUGAAGGUCGUGAGGAGUGGGGACCUGAACAAGUCCUCGUCUGUCCGAUGCAGCACCAGGGACGGCUCGGCACAGUCAGGCAUGGACUACAACCCCAAGAGCAUGGUGCUUGACUUCAAACCAGGUGUGAGUGAGCUUGACUUUGUUGUGGACGUGCUGUACAACAGUGACAUAGAGUGGCACGAGUCCUUCACCCUGAUGCUAGGCCCUGAAGACCCUGAGGGAGCUGUGUUUGGGCCAGUCAAGACAACCACCAUCACCAUCCUGGACAACGAAGUCUCAGGGAGCAUCAUACUACCAGCCCCUCCUGUUGUGGUGUCUCUGCUGAAUUAUGAUGAUGCUGAGCUUGGAACUAAAAUCGACCCAUCUCCAGGGUAUCCUCUUGUCUGUAUAACGCCCUGUGAUGAGCACUACCCCACAUUCACCAAGACCCACAUGCUGUGUGAGGAGGCAGGCAUCAACCAGUCCAGCCUCCUGUACACCUGGGAGGUGUCUCUGCCCGAGGAGGAGGACGGAUCAAGGCCACCAUUCAUGCAGGUCUCGGACACCACCUUGUUCACAGACGUCAACAAGAUUGUCCUGGAUAGCGUGUACUUCCGCUCUCGCUUCCAGGUCCGAUGUAUUGCCCAACCGAGACAUGAGAACGGGAACCCAGGCGUCCCUCUCAAGAGCAGAGUUGUCACUAUAGGAAGUGAUAAUGGUAUCUGUAAAUCGCCAGUAUUUGGCAGCAAUCCUUACAGUUACCAAGCUCAGUCCUUUUUAGCAAACCUUGAAUAUGUGGGGCCUGAUGACUUUGACCAUCCAAACACAAUACACAUCUCGGUGAAGAUUCCCCAUCAGGAUGGCAUGCUGCCUCUGAUCUCCACCUUCCCCUUACACAAUCUAAGGUUCUUGCUGGCAGAGCCAAUCUACCGCCAGCAGCAUGUCUGCUCCAACAUCAUCACAGCAGAGGAACGAGAGCCUCUCAUUGAUGAAGGCUUCUUUGAUGGGAAGCUUGGUGACUCUCUGCCCUACGGGCCAGGUCAUGAGUUCCCCUACCAGUUUGAUGAUGACCUGCGAGAGGAGAAGACACUGUCUCUGUACAAGCACCUCAACCUGAAGAGCUGCAUCUGGACCUUUGAUGCCUGGUACCAUAUGACAGAGUUGGUGGACAUCUGCGGUGGAAGGAUCGUGUCGGACUUUCAGGUGAAGGAUACAGGGCAGUCACAUCUCACAGUGCGAGUUCCCCUGUACGUGUCUUACCUGUACGCCACGGCACCUGUAGGGUGGGGCUCCCUUGAGCAUCGCACGGAGAUGGAGUUUUCAUUCUACUAUGACACCAUCUUGUGGAAGUCUGGCUUGGAGACUGAGGGCACACUGGGAGGCAAGCUGCAGAUUCUCAGGAUACUCAUUGGCAGUGAUGGCAAACUUGUUAUUGACUUCAGGACUACAGCCAAGUUUAGAGGUCAGUAUGUACUGAGCCACAGCACCCUGCCAGCACUGGAGAGCAGGAUCAAGCCACCUUCCAGCCUGGCCAUCGGCUUUGAUCUGAAGCUGUUGUGGAGCCAACAGACAUUUGACAGUCCACAUCAGCUCUGGAGGGCAACGAGCAGCUUUAACCUCAAGGACUACACAGGGCGUUACACCAUAGAACUCAUCCCCUGCAGCGUCAAGGCCACUCAAAGAUAUAUCAAGAUUGACCCUAUACCUUGCAUCGCUUCACAGCCACAGAGCUUUGAGGUGCCCAUCUCCUUCCAGCAGACCAACCGGCCUGUCCCUGUGGUGUACUCUCUGAACACAGACUUCCAGCUCACCAACAACCUCAAGAUGUUUCUUCUCAGCCCUAACUCCACAGAGGCCUCACAGGAUGACUGGGACUUCAACGGGGCAUUCUCUCCAGGCCAGAAGAUCUAUGCCAGGGUCUUAUGGAGUCCAGAACAGGAUUUGAAAACAGCAUACAAAUUGGGAAUAGAAAAGGUGUAUCUUUGUACAGGCAGUGACGGGUACAUCCCCACAUAUGACCCCACAGGGGAGGAGUACAACGAAGGGCCACAGUUCGGCUGUAUGCAGCCCAGCCCCAAACUCAGGCAGAGGUUCCUCAUUCUUGAUCGUGGGAAUCCUGAUGCUGUCCAGACAAACUUCCACGACGUAGCAUUCGAAGCGCAGCUGGCCUACGAGAACCCGGACUAUAUAGGCCUCACCAAUAUGCCAGGGGUGGACGGCUUCGCCAUGAGUGUAGACCCUCUCUACAAGGUCGACUCAGGACAUCAGUGGUACCUCCAGGUCAUAUAUGUCAUCGGACCCUCUGACAAACUCCGGAAACGCUUCCGUCGUUCAUCAAUGCUACGCUUCAGACGCGAUGCCUCAGGAGCAUCCAACAGUUUUGAUGAGCCAAAGAACGGCACCAACAUGCGACUACUUCACCUUGACAAUGCACAUGUCUAUUCUGAACCUGACUCUCCAUUCCCACUGGUCCCCCAUGUUGCAGCCCCUGCAGCUGUGGGUGGACUCCUCUUCAUUAUUGUGAUCAUAGUUAUUAUGAUAGUCGUGAUACGGCGGCGGCGGCGACGAAAGAAAGAGCCGCCAGUGAAACCCAACAAUCUAGUGACACUGGUAGACACUCCAGACAGUGGUAUCACCACCAACAGGUGGAAGGGCUCUCGCAGGAGUCUCAGGAUGACAGACUCCAGGAGGAAUCUUAAUACCCAAGAGGAAAAAUCAAAUUUAGUAAAAGCUAAAGAAGUGAACUUAAAGGUAAUACAUGGAAAUAAUGUGGAUUCUGGGACAGAAGUUUGAUGCAUAAUUAGCAGUAAUGCAGCAUUAAUAUAAGUACAGCACCAUGUAUGUGCAAAUGGAGGUUAGGUCCAUGGAGUGGUAACCUGCAGAUUUAAUGUGUGAGGCUGCCAUUGAGGAUGUAAUUCUACAGAUCCCGCAGGUGUUCAUGGAGGCAGUGGAUUUAGGCAGAUAGUUGAUGCAGACCUUUGAUCAUGAGAUGUGCUCUCUACUGAGAUGCAGAGUGUGCAAAAUAUCAAGCUACAAUGGCUAUCAUGGUGAAGCUGGCUCUCAGUAUUGCAAUGGAAAUACUAUAGGUCUCUUCAGGCCCAACUUUCCACUGACAAUGGAGAACUUGUAACAUGCUUGCAAAACGUACGUACCAAAUGUUGUACAUCUUCAUUUAAGAGGAUGUAUAAAGCCAUAUUCCCAUAUUUUAUACGUAACUUAUUGUCCCUACCGUGACUUAAUCAUCCUGCAAUAACACCUCUGUGUCUAUGCUCCCGUUGUCAUAAUCAGGACAGAGUGCUACAAAGUAACCAGAUUGUUGCAUAAUUCUGCAAGUGUUGCAAUGUAUUGUUUUAUGUUGUUCAGGUGCAUUUGUGCAAUUAAGUGUGCAGGAUAUGUGAUUUCAUAAACUUUAUAAAUGUUUUGUUUUGUCUACAACUGAUAUACAUUGUCCAUCUUUCUCAUGUCCAUGUUUUCAUGCACUCAAUACACACAAGUUAGGACAUAAUUCUAAUAUGAAAUUGUUAUGUUUAAAUAGGCAGCAUCUGUUUCCUUGUUGAUAAAACUCUGUAAGCUAUGAGAGAAGGCAGUCAGAAGCUGAGGAUAUUCGAGGUAUACAAGAAAUGUUAAUGAGAUAUUAAAUAGGGAAUAUAAUUGUUUCAGUUUUUGAGUACAGAUUUGCUAUUGUUCAAAUGUUGCAUUUAUGGAUAUGUUAUCAAAACCGGUAUUGUUUACCAUUUACAAGACUGUGCCUUUUCUGUGUAUAUUCAGUAGUAACUUGGCCACCAUGAUGUAUAAACUAAUUAUGUGUACAGUUAGGUAUUAUUUAUAUGAGGAACAGUGUAUAUUGUGUAUACGAUUGUUUGGCAUGAGAUACGUACGUGUAUAUUUUGAGGAAAUGCAUGUUGUGACCAUUGUUUAAGCUUCUAUGCAAACAAGGAACAUUGUACAGACAUCUGAUGUUGUUACAUGUGGAAUGUGUGCUUCAGGAUAAAGGAUCCCAGUUCUAUGUAUUGUGUUAGGUAGCAGGGUUUUGUGUGAUGUGGGAAAUCUGAAUUUGUUUCAGUACAAUGCAUGGUAUAUGAAUAUGGACAUUUUUUUUAUAUAAUUAACUUACUUUUACUCUUCAACAAACAUCUGAAUUUUAUGUUUGCCUCAUUAAUGUAAUACACAGGUAUAUAUUUACUCCUUAAUGUGGAGUAGAAUGGACAUACCAGUAAAAUGUGUUAUUUGUCCUCAAUAACUAGGUUAUUACAAACUUACACAAUCUUUCUUCUCAGAACGUCAGUAUAUCGCAAACUUGUAAUGAUUACCCACAGUGAGGAAAACAUCAGCUUAGUUUUGUCACCUACUUUACAUUUUCAUCCAUGUCUUUCUGAAACUGUAAAUGUUGGAUUUCGAGUCACUCAUGUAUUUCUCUAUCAUGGUUGAUGAUCACACAUAGAUCGAGACCUAUCUACCUCUAAGUAUACACGACCUGACAGUAUUCAUACCAUUGUCAUAUCAUUGAUCCUUUAUGAAUCUCCAUAUACUGUAUUGUAUAUAUUGGGCAAGAGUUUAAGAGAAACCUAUUUCCAUAUCAGGUAGCCAGUCUCGAAUCCAACCAUUUUGUCAACUAGACAUGAAAUUGAGCAUGUAAAUAUUUUCAUUAACACAAAUGUGAAAUUUAGUUAUUUGAUUCUUGCUGAAUGUUUUGUUAUAUGCCCUCAUCAAUCCAAAGAGUUACUUCCCUUGAACUGUGGAGAUAUAAUGGAAAAGUGUCUGCUUCCUGUAUAUAUAACUUAAGGUGUCCAGUUACUUCCUGGUCAGUAGCUCCACUCCAACCGAUUCCAUUCAUGCUAACAUGAGGGUGCCACCUCCCUGUCACUCUAGGCAUCCGACAUACCACUUAAUUUGUCUUCAGAUCCAACUUAAGAAAUCUUGUGUAGACAGUUGGUAAACUAGACAGGGAUUUUCACAUAGAAUGAAUGACCAUGGUUGCUCAUAAGCUAAGGGCUAAAUAUUUUGUCGAGUUAUCACUUCUUGCAAGAAAAAAACAUGAAAUGAACUUCAACAUUGAAAUAUUUGCAUGCAGAUAAACAUUUCAUAGCAUCCAGCGUACUGCACUGUGUCAUCCGGAAUACCACUUAAUAGCGUACAGCAUAUGGCAUCGCAAAAGGGGGUGGCACCCUCUAACAUGGUCUAUGUGGACUCCUUGUGCCUGUGUCCUAGUAGGUGUCGGAUCUCUAUGUGGACUCCUUGUGCCUGUGUCCUAGUAGGUGUCGGAUCUCUAUGUGGACUCCUUGUGCCUGUGUCCUAGUAGGUGUCGGAUCUCUAUGUGGAUUCCUUGUGCCUGUGUCCUAGUAGGUGUCGGAACUUGGUGUGAUCCAGCAAGAUAAUACUCAACUGUAGCAAUGUGCUUACAGCAUCUCUGAUCUGCUGUAUACUCUACAUGUAUGUAUGUAAAGUAACAAUCAGCAUAAUAAAGCCAUUCAAUUAA